AUGCCUAGAGGCAACAAGAGCAAGAGCCGAUCCAGGGCCAAAAGGCAGCAGAUGCGGGGAGAGAAGCCUAAACUCCAGGGUGCUCAGCCCACUGGGAAGGAGGAGGGGAAAGCAGCAUCUCCUGCUCUUGACCAGGGAGAUGGCCCCAGCUCCUCUGAUAGAGGCACUGCUCAGGAGUCCCAGGAGGCUGCAUCCCAUAUCUCUCCUGAGUUAAAUGUGUCUCAUCCAGUCCAUGAUGUUGGUGCUGAGGGUUCCUUUGCAGGUGUGGAUGAGAGACGUGCAAAUGUCUCCAUUAUAGCAGAUGCCAUCCAAUGUGCACGCAGAGAUCCUCUGACCAGGAAGGCCAGCAAGGUACUUCACUAUCUGCUGGAGAAGUACCAAAAGGAUGAGCAACCUGUAGAGGGAGAGAUGCUGAAGCUGAUAGGCAGGAAGUACAAGGUUCACUUCCCCCAGAUCCUGGAGAAAGCCACCUAUCAGCUAGAGCUCGUCUAUGGUCUGGAGUUGAAGGUAGACAACCCUGCCACUCACUCCUAUGUCCUUGUUAGCAAGCUACCCAUCCUCCCUGGGGCAGAUGUGGGUGGCAGGAGAGAAUUGCCUAAGACAGGUCUCAUCCUGACCAUCCUGGGUAUGAUCUUCAUGAAGGGCAACCGUGCCACUGAGGAAGAGGUCUGGCAGUUUCUCCACAUGCAGGGGAUAUAUCCUGGGAGGAGGCACUUAAUUUUUGGGGAGCCCCGGAAUUUCAUCACCAAAGUGUUAGUUGAGCAAAAUUAUGUGGAGUACCGCCAGGUUCCUGGAAGUGAUCCCCCAACUCAUGAGUUCCUAUGGGGUCCCAGAGCCCAUGAGGAAUCUACUUACAGGAAAGUUAUGGAUAUUUUAGCUAAAAUCAAGAGUGCCAUUCCUAGUUACUAUCCUCAACAGUAUGAGGAGACUCUCAGUAACCAGGCUGAGAGAGCAGCAAGGAGAGAUGAGGCUGGGGGUUUUCAUGCUGCCAGGAUUCCCUCACAUGCCCAAGCUAGCAGCUCCUCCCACAUUUAG